CUUUCCCUAUUUCUUUCUCUUGCUCCUCUUAGAAAUUUAGGGCUUCGGGCCAAAAGACUGAAACCAUCUUUCGGACCGAAGCUGUUUGUAUGACAUCUGGGAGAACUGUGUACAAAAUAUAAAGUCCAAAUUUGAUUAUUUAAGUGAUUCUCCAGCUAUGGAGAAAGCGAUAACGAAGAAUUUUGUCGCAAAAUCACGUAUUUUAGUUUAUCCAGUCUAUGAAAUUUUAGUAAUAAAAAUUCAUUUGCAUGCAUGUCCGUUAGAAAAUUAAUUCUUGCAUCAGUUUUGUAGUGGAAUUGACAUAUUUUCGUUCUCCUAGAUUAGCUAACAAGUAUCUCAUUUUUGUAUUCCAAUUAGAUGGUCAGCAUUAAGUAUAAUCAGAAAAGUCUUCAAUAUUCAUUCAGCUUGCUUUCAAUAGAAAGUGAUGCUUUGUUAAAUGAAAAAUUUAUUUUUCUUUUCACUUCAUGACUUGUGAUUGUUAUUCAUCAGUUCUUGAAAAACUAAAUGAACUUUUUCACAGAAUUCCUUUACUAAGCCUAUUUCGUACUGGUAAAUUUUAAUAUAUCACAGGUAUACUUCGAUACAUAAAUAUGUUACGGUGAUUGCAAACGUAAAUAUGAGCUUGAAAAAUUAAGUGUAUGACUAUUGUACUCAAUGAUAGUUUUGUUGAGUGCGUGAUGAAUCCAUUAACAACGGAAAGGAGUUUUCUUGAGGCAUUUCUUUCUCUAAACUUGUUGCUGAAAUGUGCCUAUAGCUGUUGAACUCCAGUAUGUGUUGGUGCACAACACGAAAAGUGAAUAAAUACUGUGUUAGGCAUUUUUAAAGAAUAAACAGGUUAGUAUUCUGCUGAAAUGGAAAUUCAUAACAGAUUUGUCUUCUUAAACUUCUGCUAAAGGAAAAAUCAAUAACAGAUUGUUUUCAUUAAACUGUUUGUUUCAUUGAACUGUAAACAGAUUGUUUUCAUUUGACGUAAAUUUUUUUUAAAGUUGCGAUAUCUAAAAUACAUAUCACAGUGAUAUUGCAGUUUAACUGAUUCACAAGACCAUGUGGGGACUAAAAAUCAAAAGGAAAUGCUUAAGCAAUUUCUUAUUUUUUUUUUUCCAAAUAUUAAAUGAAAUACUUGUGUAUGAAUCCAUGAAACAUAUUUAAGUAGAUAUACUACUCUAAAACUUUAAUUUUAUACAUCUGUUCUUCUGGGAUUGGAAUCUUUGAAUGAAUAAUAUAUGUAAAUGAAUAAUCAGCCUUCAUAAGGUAUAUUUAACUAGUGGUUUUCAAGGGUAGAUAUUUUUAAAGAUGCAUAUGAACAUGCACAGUGGGAAGGAUUGUUACACAUGUGAAAUUUGUUACCAAUUCUUUGUGCAAAGUUGUGACUUAGAAAGACAUAUGCUUGCACAUACAAAGCAGACUCCUAACACAUGUGCUGUAUGUGACUGUACUUUUGCACAAAAGUCUUCUUUACAGGCACAUAUGCUGAUCCAUACAGGAGAAAAACCUUAUGUAUGUGAUACUUGUAAUAAACCAUUCAGGCGAAAGGAGCGUUUGUUGGAACAUAUGCACAUUCACACAGGUGUGAAACCUAAUGUAUGUGAUAUAUGUAAUAAAUCGUUCACACGAAAAGAGCGUUUAGUGCUUCAUAAGCGUAUCCACACAGGUGAGAAACCAUAUGUGUGUGAAGUUUGUAACAAAGCAUUCACUGAAAAGGAGCGUUUGGUAGUGCAUGCACGAACCCAUACUGGAGAGAAACCUUACAUGUGUGAUAUGUGUAACAUGUCUUUCACACAAAAGGUUAAUUUAAUGAUGCACAUGCAAAUUCAUACAGGCGAAAAACAUCAUGCAUGUGAUGUGUGUAACAAAUUGUUCAGAAAAAAGCAUGACUUAAAGUUGCAUAAGCGUCUUCAUACUGGAGAAAAACCUCAUGUAUGUGUCACAUGUAAAAGGGCAUUUGCAGAAAAACAAAAUUUAGCAAAGCAUAUGCGCAUUCAUACUGGAGAAAAGCGUCACAUGUGCGAUAUAUGUCGCAAGUCAUUCACGCGAAAUUUUGGUUUAUUGGCACAUAUGCGCACACACACUGGAGAGAAACCAUAUGCGUGUGAAUUAUGUAGCAGAUCGUUCACUCAGAAAUGUAGUUUAAUAAAGCAUAUGCGUGGUCAUACAGGAGAGAAACCUUAUCUAUGUGAUAUAUGCGACAAAUCGUUCACGCGGAAGCAGCAUUUAAUGAAUCAUACACGUCUUUUUCACACAGAGAAGGAAGCUCACACAGCACCAAAUCAAGAGGAAAAUCAUAUAGGUGGCAAUGAAACUUGACUGUAUUCCAAAUAUAUCAAAAAAUUAAUUUGAAAAGUUAUCUAUUUGAGGUUAUAUAUAGCUGCCAGCUGUUCUGGUUUAUCUUCACAUUUCGUGGUCUCUCGCUAGAUCAUCGAAUCUCCUGGUUUUUAAUUUUUAGCCUUUACUAAGAAUAAUGUUUGUAAGUAAUAAAUGAAAUUCGUUUAAUUAA